AUGUGGGUCAGACACGCGGCUGAUCGCGGUGACGUGGUUAUAAUCCUGAUCGUGUUGGAGGUUAUCUUUCUGUUGCUGUUGAUCUUCCUACGGAAGCGAAUCCGCAUCGCGAUCGCCCUCAUCGGGGAGGCCAGCAAAGCGAUUGCCCACAUCAUGUCUUCCCUGGCCUACCCACUGUGUACCUUUGUGCUUUUGGUCAUCUGCGUGGCCUAUUGGGCGUUGACUGCUCUCUACUUGGCCACGUCCGGGGAACCUCUGUAUCGUGUCAUCGCGCUGAACACCAGUGCUCCAAACUGUGACACCAUUAGUGGGAAUGAAAGCUGCGCUCCCACGGCCUUCAAUGCUUCGGACUACGACUGCCAGACUACCAGCUGUAUAUUCUACAAGUACAACUCCGAGGGGCUCUUCCAGAGAAACCUCUUCAAUCUCCAGAUCUACAACGUGGUGGGAUUCUUGUGGUGCAUGAACUUUGUCAUCGCCCUGGGGCAGUGCUGCCUGGCCGGGGCUUUCGCCUCCUACUAUUGGGCCUUCAAAAAACCCCAAGACAUCCCUUAUUUCCCCGUCACCUCCUCCUUCUUCCGGGCGCUGAGGUAUCACACCGGCUCCUUGGCUUUUGGUGCUCUGAUCCUGACCAUUAUUCAGAUUAUUAGAAUUGUCCUGGAAUAUUUGGACCACAAGCUGAAAAGUAAGAGGCUUCAAUCCAUUUGGAGAGAAAUUGAGGG